AUGUCGUGGCCUAUUUUUGAAGAGGUUCGCUUGCAAACAACUUUGAUCAGUCUCACUCUCGCGGACCAAGAUCAUGGUCUCAAAGAAGUUGCCAACAACGAUGUGAAUUUGGCCCUCAUACCAGAUCUCAUUGACCGCUUUCUGCAGUUUGUGCACGUUAAGAAUCCCGUGGUGAAUACGGUUGUCCUACGUCAAUCGGCCGUCAGGGUCGAAGUGGGCGAAUCCUCUCGGAACGCUUAUUCCUGUUUAGUGGCAUGUAGAUCCGGCAGAGCUGAGACUUUACUGGACAUGCUGGAAGUCAGAAUGGAUGAGGCUAAUUUUUGUGAUCUAUCCAGUGACUUGCGCGCGGAGCUCGACAUACCCGAUUCAAUCACUAACGACUCGCAAUGGUCACCAGCCAACCUAUCUUACAUGCGUCGGACAGCCGCGGAUCUCGAAUCCUCACUGGUCCAGAAACCGACCAUCCAUAAUCCACGUCGAAGAAUGGGACUCGGCACCCAGCUGAGAUCGUGGCUCUAUCGGCCCUUUGUAUACUACGCAAUUCAUCAUGACGAUGGGCAGACUAAUGAGAACGAGGAGGCUAUGAGAUUCAUGCGGAAAGCUAUCGAGUGCAGUUUCCAUAUGAUCAACUCCAAGGCGACGCAACACCGACAUCAUGGAACCUGGUUUGUCGCCCGCGAUGUACUCAGUUCAGCCCUGUUAAUCAUUGCGGCUGCCAAGGCGGACAAGGUACUCGUGGACUAUUUGGCAGAUUGGCCGGACUUGUUAGACCAGGCGAUAAGGUCUUUGACUCAAUGGGCUUUGGAGGCGCGGGAUCUGGCUUGCGCGGCUGUUGUUCUUGCUAAUCUCAAGAAAAAGUUGUGUACUUGA